AUAGAGCGCAUUAGUGUCGUAAACGUGUGUUGGCGCAUGUUGAGUUCUGUCGUUGCUGUCAAAUUCAAAAGAAUACUGUUCGAUUCUUUUCUGAGGAACUCUAUUUUUUGACAAGAUCAAACGUUGCUUAUAUCGAUUCUAUCGUGAAGAAUUAACAAUUGUACAAGCCGUGUUAUUAAGUAGUGGAUUAAUUGUUAAAAUGGCCGAUUGUGAGGAGACACAAAAGGCUGAAGAUCCUAUGAAGCAUUAUGAAUUCGAUGGGGAAUCAUAUAUUUACAAGGAUUCCACAAGUAAUGUAACGUACAAAUUUGAUCGAGAGAAGAAUGAAUGGGUGGUGAAAGAGGAUGGUAAAGAAUCAUGUGGCAAUGAAGCUACGAAACAGGAAGGAGUAUUUGGUUUCGAAAAUGAUACUCACACAUACACAGACCCUAAUGAUGGCAGUGUCUAUUUUUGGGACAAGGAAAAAAAUGCCUGGUUCCCAAAGGUGGACGAUGACUUUAUGGCCAGAUAUCAAAUGAGUUAUGGAUUCACAGGUUCAGAUAAGAUGGAGACAAAACCUGUAGAACCACCUCAACCCCAAGCAAAAGUUGACAAAGAGAAAAGAAAGGCUGAGAUUAAACGAAAAGCACAAGAGCCACCGACGUGGUUCGAAGUGGACGAAGCUCAUAAUACUGCUAUUUAUGUAUCUGGACUACCAUUGGAUAUCACCAUGGAGGAGCUCACGGAACUUUUUAACAAGUGUGGUCUAAUUGCACGGGAUGAAAAGAACAAGGACAAAAUCAAGCUGUACAAGGAUUCCAAUGGGCAACCCAAAGGCGACGCACUCUGUAUCUACAUAAAGGUGGAAUCGGUGGAUUUGGCGUUAAAGCUGUUAGAUAACUCGCAAAUCAGGGGCAAAACGUUGUCUGUUCAGAGGGCAAAGUUCCAAAUGAAGGGAAACGCAUACGAUCCAGCCUUGAAACCGAAGCGGAAAAAGAAGGAUAAGGAUCGUCAGAAAAAGAUACAUGACAAAUUGUUUGAUUGGAGGCCGGAACGCCCACUGGGAGAACCGCUGAAACACGAAAAGGUGGUUAUCAUAAAGAAUCUAUUUUCCCCGGAGGACUUUGACAAAGAGGUCUCGUUGUUGCUCGAAUAUCAACAAGAUAUCAGGUCCGAGUGUUUAAAAUGCGGAGACGUUCGGAAGGUUAUUAUUUAUGACAGACAUCCUGAGGGUGUUGCACAAGUAACAUUCCGUGAACCAGCCGAGGCACAAGCUUGUAUUCAAUUAUUGAACGGUCGCUGGUUCAGCCAGAGGAAAAUAUCGGCUGAAAUAUGGGACGGCAAGACGAAAUACAAGGUUUUGGAAACCGACGCGGAAAUCGAGGCCAGAAUUGCCAAAUGGGACAAGUACCUGGAAGAUGAGGAAGAGGAAAAGAAGCAGGAAGCCGUGAGGAACAAAAAGCUGGAAGAACAAAAAUUAGAGAGACGGAUUGCGGCUAAAGGGAAAACGGAACCGGCCGAAGGUACAGUAAAAGAAGCUAAGAUACCGAAAACGUCGGGAUCGACGAACAAUAUGGAAAAUGCAAAAGCAGAAGCCGCGGAUGGUACGGAUUCGUCGUCGGAUUCCGUAGAUAAAGAGAAGGCGCUUUGAAAUAACGAAUGAAAUAACAGAAAUACCAGUGGCGAAGAAUUUCUCGCGCUAUAAGCAUGAAAAGAGACAAAUCUCUGAAACGGAAAUAAGAGUAACAUUGACGAUCAGGAUUAGCGAGAACUUUAUUUGUAGAUUACAAGGCGGCUUGUAAUUCUCAUUGUUGAAGACCCAAGUACUUCUGUAUUAGUUCCGCCGUUACUCACAAACAGAUGAGAUGAAAUAAAUGAGACUAAUUUUCUGUGUAACAUCUUUAUUCAUUGAUUACCCGUCUGUGCCAUCUUAUGUUACCACAGUUAGCUGAAGCUUAACUUUGCUUCAGAUACAUUCUACGAUUAUUUAAGGCUUGUUAUCUGAACUAUAAAAGACAGCAGUUUAUAGAAAAUUAUAUUUUGUAUUAAGAAAUAAAAAAUAUGACGAA